GGCGGUGGGGGCGGACACUGACACGGCAGGACUCUCCUCUGCUGUCCUGCGGUAACAUUGUUGUGGAACGACGUCACACCUCGAAAAUGAAGGCACGGAGGCAGCCAUUACUGGAGCUUCUCUAAUUAUUCUAUUCCAAAUAAAUACUCACGGAAAACUCACAUGGCAAGAGCUACAAGUCAGAUGUAUGAUGUUGUGCCCAUUCAGCCCAACGUUGCCAUCUGUUCCUGCUCACAUCCAUCAAUGGCCAGAAACCACCCUGACUCCUGUUCGCCACUCACCAUCCCGAGCACAGGCAGCAGUCACUGCCCCAACAUGGAGGGGUCAUCCCCGCAGCCCUGCGCUUUAGGAGCGCCCGGCGCCUCCCAGACCGUCGACGGCCGCCCGCAGCCAGCCGCCCAGAUGCCUCAGCCGCGCAAAAAGAAGCCCGAGGACUUCAAGUUUGGCAAGAUUCUGGGAGAGGGCUCCUUCUCAACGGUUGUUCUUGCAAGAGAGUUGGCCACAGGGAAAGAAUAUGCAAUUAAGAUUUUAGAGAAGCGCCACAUUAUGAAGGAGAAUAAAGUCCAGUACGUGAAAAGAGAACGAGAUUUGAUGUCAAAUCUUGAUCACCCAUUCUUUGUAAAGCUCUACUUCACAUUUCAAGACGAUGAGAAGUUGUAUUUUGGUCUUAGCUAUGCCAAGAACGGGGAACUGCUAAAAUACAUUCGCAAAAUUGGUUCGUUUGAUGAGACCUGUACACGGUUCUACUCGGCCGAAAUAGUUUGUGCUCUAGAAUAUUUACACAAAAAGGGGAUAAUUCACAGAGAUUUGAAACCAGAAAAUAUUCUUUUGAACGAGGAGAUGCACAUCCAGAUAACAGAUUUUGGAACAGCGAAACAGUUAUCGUCUGACAGUAAACAAGCAAGAGCAAACUCCUUUGUCGGGACAGCGCAGUACGUGUCUCCAGAGCUGCUAACAGAAAAAUCAGCCUGCAAGAGCUCUGAUCUGUGGGCUUUGGGGUGUAUUAUCUAUCAGCUGGUGGCUGGUUUACCACCAUUCAGAGCUGGAAACGAGUACCUAAUAUUCCAGAAAAUAAUAAAGCUGGAGUACGAGUUCCCAGAAAAAUUCUUCCCCAAAGCCAAGGAUCUAGUUGAGCAACUUCUGUCACUGGACCCAUCCAAGCGGCUCGGUUGUGAAGAGAUGGGAGGGUACGACCCGCUGAGGCAGCAUCCCUUCUUCGACACCAUUUCCUGGAGCGACUUGCACCUGCAGACGCCCCCAAAGCUCACACCCUACCUGCCUGCGAUGUCUGAAGACGAUGAGGACUGCUACGGGAAUUACGACGACCUCCUGAGCCAGUUCAGCAACAUGCAGGUGGCGCCGUCGAGCUCGUCGCACUCCCUGUCGCCGCACGACUCGGCGCCGCCGCAGCGGUCCAGCAGCAACAUCGAGCAGUACAUCCACGAUCUGGACAACAACUCGUUUGAGCUGGAGUUGCUGUUCACCGAGGAAGAAAAGAAAUUAUUGCUGGACAAACAGACCAAUGGGAACCCUUGGCAUCAGUUUGUGGAGAAUAAUCUGAUCCUGAAGAUGGGACCAGUGGAUAAACGCAAGGGCCUGUUCGCCCGCCGGAGGCAGCUGCUGCUGACCGAAGGGCCUCACCUGUACUACGUGGAUCCCGUCAACCGGGUCCUGAAGGGGGAGAUCCCCUGGUCCUCCGAGCUGCGCCCCGAGGCCAAAAACUUCAAAACCUUCUUCGUUCACACGCCGAACCGGACGUACUACCUGAUGGACCCCAGUGGGAACGCCGACCGGUGGUGCAAGAAGAUCCAGGAAGUGUGGAGAAAGAUCUACCAGAGGCACCAAAACCCGGGCCUAUAGGAGCACAAUCUGAGGCCAAUCACUGAGCAGAAUAACGCCCUCUUUAGUGCCCUUCAUCACCGCAACGUAAACAAACUUAGAGACGCUGGCAUCUAGACCUCGUUUGUUUUCCUGAGUAGAUCCAUGGGGGAAAAUACAACUUUGGAUUCAGGGUUGCUUUGCUUGUUCUUUGUGCUCUCUGUGAGGCUUCUGUUGCAUUUUUUCCAUGUAUGGAUGAUGAGACUUCCACCAUUUUGUACAGUCUGCUUCAGGUGGGGGUGAAUUUGGGUUUGGGGGGAUGGAGCGAGUUUGGGUACUGCUAGGACUAUCCUGAACGCACGGACUGGUUUCCUGCUUCAACGAUAACACAGAAUCUAGCUUUUAUGAACCAGAGCCUGACAAGAUAUCUUUAAUUAAAACCAUAUCCUAAUCAUACGUUAUAUGUGCGAGUUGUCGUAAAAGCCCGACUUUUAGUGCAUUUACUCUAGCUGUGACGGAUACUGUAAACUGAUUCAGUCUCACUUAAUCCCAGAUGUCCUCUAUAUCUUUUAUUUCCUCCGUUUAUUCCCCUGGUGUUGGAGUUGUUUUUCAGUCUCUUGGUACUUGCAGUCCAAUUAAAGCGGAGAGUGCUGGUCUGCAGUGAGACGUGGGUCUGAGUGAGCCUUCAUAGCUGUUACUAAGGUUGUUUUUGUUUUUUCUAUCGGGGCGGGUAAACAUGCCACUAGCUUCUACUUCUUCAUCACUUGCUUCUCUUUUCUGCAUGGCCAGUUUUGUUCCUAUGGCUUCUCUCUUUUGGGCACUGGAGAUGUAAUUUAAGUUUUAAAAGGGUAUUUUUGACAGCAUUGGCAACCUAUAAUUUGUUUUUGUACCAUUUUUAGUGGUUUUCAUGGCAUGAAUUCCACUAAAUUCCCACUGUUUUUUUUUUUUUUUUAAUCGAAAUCGAUCGGCUCAUCUGUGUUCUACACUAAAAUCAGAAGUUCUGAACACAGCUAUUCAGUGUAUAAACUGGGUUUUUUUUUUUCCCCAGUUGGGUGAAAAAUAUAUUUUUUUACAGCAUUGGUAACCUAUAUAGUUUUUGUACCAUUUCGCUGGUUUUCAUGGCAUGAAUUCAAGUAAAUUCCUGUUUUUUUUUUUUAAGUUUUUUUUUUUUUUUUUACUGCUUUGGCAACCCUUACACAAAUGGAUGUUUUGAAUUAGUUUUUGUACUAUUUUACUUGCUUUCGUGCUGUUAAUUCCCCCAAGUUCCCGUGUUUUUUUGUUUUUUUGAUGGAGUAGAACGGCUCCUCUUGGUUUUGUCACACUGAAAAUAAAAUCCUGUUUGCUGAACACGUAGAUAUUAAAUGCAUGGACAGGUUUUUCACCACAGUUUGCGCACUGGAGAUUUAGCUUAAGUUAAAAUUUUAUUGGCACCCCUUACAAAAAUGAGAUGGUUUAGAUUAGUUUUUGUUUAACUUUCACUCGAGGUGUGAAUUCCCCUAAAUUCCUUUUUCUUGUUUUUGAUUGAAAAUUUUCCAUCUUCACUGAAAAUAAGUUAUGUGCUGGUCUCAUACAUAGUUAAUGCAUAACCAGCUUUUUCCUACAGUUUGGGCACCAGAAAUGUAGAUUAGAUUUAUAUAUUUUUGGCAACAUUGGCAACCUUUACAAUAAUUGGAUGUUUUGAAUUUUGUUGGAUUUUGUUGAGUUGGUUCCUCCAAAUUUCCCGGGUUUUUUUCUGAUGAAAUAGAACGGCUUGUCUUUGAACAUAACAUUUGAUAUGCACAUUUUUGACAGCAUUGGCAACCCCUAAAAAAAUUGGCUCUUUUUAAACUUGAACUUUUUGUAGCAUUUUACUGGUGUUCGUGGCAUAAAUUCCCGUUUUUAAUUAGAAUUUUGUUGGAAUAGAACGGCUCAUCUUCACUGGAAAUAAAAUCUCGUGCUGACCUCCCCAUGCUGAACAGACACAUUCACCUACUAUCACUCUCAGAAGCAAUCAGAAAAAGCUGUCAACAGACAAGAUGGCUGCCUCAACGGGCCCUCUGCCCUUCUUUGUUUUAUCUUUGAUUAUUUUUAUUAUUUUUAUUUCACUCUUGUUUUUGGCCCAAUAGAAAUUAAAGUGAAUGAUUUAAUUUGUGCUCGCAGUAUGUUAUAAGGCUUUUAUUUUUGACCUUGAGGUCGUUUGCGGAGGCCGCUCUUCCUAUAGCUGUGUGUGCAGUGAGAGUGGUUGGAUGUCAGUUUAAGGAAAUCCAUCUGAUCCAAAUAAACCGAUAAAAUUGCUGUAUCUGUCUGUAAAGUCGAGGGAACGCCAGAAGAGUGUUUUUGUUUUUUUGCUUGAUCUAAAAAACCCGAAUCUAUUCUGAAUCAAGUCGAUGGCGGUCGGUUACAUCGUGUAUGAAACGCUCUACCUGGCUUGUAAACUGACGAACUGUGAUGUACAGAUGAUGUAUUAUUAAAUCUGAAGCGAGUAAUGCAAUGAUAUUAGGAUACAGUUUUUGUAUUUUUAUUCUUGUAUAAGGUUAUUGAUGGCUAUUGUUUUAGCCUAUAGUUCAUUCUGUGUUAUUUAAAUUCUAAUAUAUGAAUCAUAUUUGGAUUGAAGUCAUGUUCAGGGGCCAUGUUGUGUAUGUAUUGAGAUGUAAAGCCUUUGAAUGUGAAUAAUUAUUGUAAACUAUAAUAUUUUACAGCUUUUUUCUUACUAUAUCAUACAUUUUCUAUUUGCUCAGUGACUUAAUCAUAUUCUGAUAAUUUAAUGAUUCUGUUCAUUCUCUCUCUGAUUAUUUGUGCGCUAGGUCAGUAGAUGUUGAAUGAUGAAUUUUCCACUUAAUGCUUGGUAGUCCAGUGAUUAAAGCAUGUAGGGAUUUAGGCAUUCAAAUGAAAGCCAUGUGUCUUGUCUUCUGUUUAACAACCUUCGCCACGACGCUGAACUGCGUCUGGCGGAGACGACAUCUCAUGUUUCUGCAGCAUGUAAAUAAAGUACCGACCCAUUA